AUGGUUGCUCAACUGACUAAUGCUGAGGCCAGUACCUUUUAUACAGCUAAUUCUGAAACCAGUACCUCAUAUACGGUUAAUGCAGAAGUUAGUACCUUUUAUAUGAUUAUGAUUGAUCAAGUGGCAAAUAUUGAAAGUAGCACUUUCUACACAUUUACUGCUAAAACCAGUACCUCCAGUGCAUUAAAUGCUGAAUUCAGUACCUCCUACGCAGUUAAUGUUCAACCUAAUAGCUCAUAUACGAUUGACACUAAGACUAAUGUCCUCUGCGAAAAUGCAGUUUAUGAUGAAGCAACUACUGAGGAGGUUAACAGAGACAAGACACAGCAUGAUUUUUCCUUACUAAAACUUGGUUAUACGUUUCCUUCAUGGGAUGAUAUUGAAGCUUUUUUUAAAGCUUAUGGUCAGUAUCAUGGGUUUGCUAUUAUUAAAAUAAGAGUUGAACAGCGUAAUGAUGGUGUAAUUAGAUAUAGAUCUCUUGGAUGUGAGUUUGGAGGAAAAUAUAUACCUAUGAAGAGUAUUGAUAUUAACGCUUACCCAACUGACAAUCGAAACGUAAAGGAUAUGAAUGACAUAUCAAUCUAA